AUGCUAUCAAAGACCUACACGAGUAUAAAAACAUCCUUCCUUAUACUAAUUGCCGGCGAUUGGAAUGCUAAGGCAGGCAAAGGCCGUGGUGAAGAAGUGUUCAUGGGCAGACAUGGACGGGGGAUAAGAAAUGCACCAGGUGAAAUGCUUGUGAACUUCUGCAGCAUAUUCAAGCUACUGCUAUGCAAUACGGUCUUUCCUCAUGCGGCACGUCAUAAAACCACGUGGACCGGGACUAGAAGAAACAAAAAUGGGGAGUACGUCAACAUCUAUAAUCAAAUCGAUUAUAUCAUCUGUAGACAAGAAGAAAAACAUCGAUUGCUGGAUGCCAGGUCAUAUGGCGGGGCACUUACACUGAGCGAUCACAAAGCCAUUGUGGCACGAUUGAGACUGAAAAGAAUUUUUGGAUCGCCUCUUUCAAAAGAAAAUGAAUCAAACCGAAUUAGAUACUCAGUGGAAAAACUGAUUACAUCAGAUGUUACCAAGGAAAAAUACUCCCAGGCAAUCAUCGAAAACCUAAAAGUAACAGAAACGGUAAAAGACCCAAACAAAAGCUGGGAUAUAUUAGAAAAACUUAUUCACAAAGCUGCAACGGAAACCAUUGGAACGACUGCAUUCAGAAACCACUCAAACCCAUUGAAUCCAAAUGUUGCCGAAAUGGCAACAAAACAAAAAGCCAUCCAACUGAAAAUUGAAAACACCAACGACAAGGAGGCAAAGGAAAAACUCAAAGAGAGAACGUAG